AAGAAGAAAUCCACUUUCUCUGGUCAGUUUUUCUAAAAGUGUUGCUCAGGAUAAUCUAGUUCUAGAAGUAUUUAUAUCCCAUUAAGCUUGUCAUUUGGUUAGUGUCCCGUGAUUGAUUAAAGGGAUAAAAACAAAAAAAAAGUGCUUGGGGUGAGGUAGUCCAAAGCGAGUCUUGCAAGGCUAGGACCAUUCAUUGCCGACGCUUUCUUUUUUGAGGUCAGUCUUAGCCGUCUUGCAGGGAAUUGGUUGCAGGUGUGUAAUCCGUACUCCUACCUUUCACCUUUAGUGAGGGGCAAUGUGAUCUAUGCUAAGUGUCGCCGAGCUAAGAGCAGGGCGGAUAUAAAAACGUGUGUGAUUAAAGAGAUAUGAAUAAAAAUUAAAUUACUUACUGGACUCUUUGUGGUGAUUAUGGCUUGUAUUCAGCACAGCAGAAAUGCUCUACGGCGAAUUAUUGCUAAAGAAACCAGCUUGAAGAGCUCUGAUGGUGCUAUACAUCCAUUGUUAUAUGCAUGUCAAGGCGUUAGAUAUAAGAAGUUAGAAGUUAUUCUUACAACAAGCAUAGAGAAGCUUGGGAAAGCUGGUCAGACAGUUAAGGUUGCGCCAGGGCAUUUUCGCAACCAUCUGAUGCCCAAAUUACUUGCUGUCCCUAACAUCGAAAAGUUUGCGCAUCUUAUCAGGGAGCAACGCAAGAUUUACCAACCCGAGGAAGAAGAGGAGGUGAAAGUAGUUAAAGAGACAAUGGAAGAUAAGAUGAAAGAAUACGAAACAGCAGCAAAACGCUUAGUAAAAGCCCGGCUGGCUUUUAGGGUAGGGAUCAAUACUGCAAAAUUCCGUGCCCGUGAAUCAAAAGAUGACCCAAUAGAAAUUCUUUCACCAGUGACAAAGGAUGAUAUUUUAAGAGAGGUGACAAGGCAAUUCAAUGUGCAGAUUGAACCUGACAACGUGCAUCUUCCAUCACCUUUGACUGCUCUUGGAGAGUUUGAGGUGCCACUACGCUUCCCAAAGUCUAUUCCGUUGCCAGAGGGAAAGGUUAAAUGGACACUUCAGGUCAAGAUUCGGGGUAAAUAAAUAUUACUUCAUCAUCAAAUUCUUGAUGAACGUUUAGACAAUGCUAUCGAGGGUUAUUGUAGAAUUCUUGUGACGAGCUUGAUGCUUCAAGCUUCAAUCCAGCACAUCUUGAAUCCUGCGAUGUCCCAUAUACUUCUUCAAUAAUCAAUCCUUACAGAAGUUAUUGUGGGAUGAAUUUUGAUUGUUGCUCCUUUUGACAUGCACAAAUUAAUUUGGAUAAGUCGGUUUUUUUUUAA